UUCACAGUUUGCAGCUGAGGGUUUCAUCAAUGGCGGAUCUAAAGCAAAUCUCUAUGAAGCGGAAGCGACGAUCCCUUCUGAUAACCCGUUCGUUAACGGGAGGCUUUAGUCGUAUCGAAUCCCAGGUUAAAAGCGCAAGAAGCCACUAUGAUCUGCAACCCUUUGUCAAGAAAGUAAAAAAUAACUCACCAGAUGAAGGUUCACCGGUGGGAUACAAUUCAUCUUCCGUUUACAUCGAAGAUCUACGCUUAACACGUGCCGUCUCUCCCUCUUACGCCAAUAAGAUUGCUCGGGAGCCCUUUGAAAAUGGGGGUUUCAAAAAGUUGGAUGUUUCGAACGAAGAUUUUGUGCAGUCGACUCCACCUGAUGCUGAGAUCUUUGGAGUUGAACCGGCGGUGGAAAGAAAUGGAAUCGAAUUCUCAGAUCAAAAAGAGAAGAAGCAAUGUGAAAAGGGCAUGGGUUAUUCGAUGAAAUCAGUUAUUAAACCAUGCUCUCGUGCGAGGCUUUUCAAAACGCCAGGCUCAUUCAGCUACAGAAGAUUGCUUCCUUAUUUGAUGGAUAUCGAAAAAGGCAGUUCUGGUAAAUCCCCUGCUCUUACAGGUUCUCAAUCGGGUCAGUGUCGAAAUUCCGAGAAGGGUUUUGAAGACAAGCAUUUGUCGGCUUCAAAUGGUCCAGAAACAUUGCCAGAUAAGACAACUAGCUGCUCCUUGGAGAUUCAUAACACUGAUUCUGGUAAUUCAUCGAUUGCAACAUCAGUUGAGUCCUUUGUCUCAACGGAAAAUGAGUCUUCCUCGAUGCCACUUGUUAAUGGAGAAAUUCAGAAACUCGAGUUGCGAGCUUCUUGUGAAGACCAGGAUUUGAACUGCUCAAAAAAGGAUUCAUCAACUAUAGGGGGUUCUCAUUUCAACCAGGAAAAUUUAGUUGGUGUGGUUUCUGGUAAUAAAACAAUGACGGAUGGUGAGGUUGCAAAACCUAAUGUUGAAUAUCCUUGCAAUGCUGGAAGUCUUGAAGUUUUGGAUCAGACUUUGUCUACACUUAAUGAUAAGCCUGAAUCUUGUGAUUAUAAAGUUGCGGGAAGUUCUAAAGCUGACGUUGAGAAGUCGGAGAAUGAAUGGAUGCUGAAAGCUACCAUUUUUGACUCCUUUGAAUGUCAGCACCUGAAUGCUGUGGAUCCUACAUCCUCUGAAAUGGGAGGGAACAGAAAAUGCAGUUCACAACAGAGUGGUGACAAUGAUGGUCAAGUCUUGGAACAAAAAGACUUGAAUGGAGAAUGUAUGUCGACUGCACCGCCUGAUUCAGACAUGCCCUCUAAGUGUGCGAUCGACGAUAGCAAAAGCAACACAGUGGAUCAUGUUUCACAGGCCAUAGAUCAAGUUACUCAAAAGUCGACAAAUGAGACAUUAUGCAGAAACAAUGCUCAGGAUUUGAAUAAAAAUCCAGACUCAAGUCCUAAAAGCAAAAUGGUUCCAAACCCGCACUUGCAUCUGAAGUUAUCGAAAAUUACGGGUUCAUUCAGUUAUAGAAGAUUGCUUCCGUAUUUGAUAAAUAUAACAAGCCAUAACUCCUUAGGUGCUUUGGGAAAUAUUCAGUCGCUGAAAGUUGAGAAAUGUUCCAAAGAAAAGCCGCUUUCGCCAUUCUCUACCUCAGGCAAAGACACAUGCACAGAAACUUUCAAUGGCGAAAGUCAUCCAGUAGAGCAUCAUACUGGUGAUGAUAUUAAGCUGCCUGCGGUUACAGCAACGGCUACGUGUUCAUCCAACCAUAAAGUUACACAGUCUCCUAAUCAAGUACCUGAAUCCCCAAUGAUUAUAGAUUCACGGCAGGAGCCCCCACUGCUUGUUAAACCUUCUGCGUCGGAUACAAAUCGGAAGGAAGAAUCUAGGCCUAAAGAUGUGGUUGAGUCGCCAGUCAUGUCAUCAAGCUCUCUUAUCGAUUCUGGUUUAUUGCCACGAGAAGAUGCUAAAUUGACGGUUUGUCAAUUACCUCUUGAAACUGAAGAGGACUGCAUAAAGUCUACAGAGAAAUGUGUAAACCAUGAAAGGCAAAUUGAAGCUGACAACUUAGUUGAAGCCUCUAUAACACCUGCAAUGCAGUCUGCUAGUCUUCAAAAGCGAAUCCUCAAACGAAAUCCACGUGGAUGCAGAGGUAUUUGUACUUGUUUAAACUGUUCUUCGUUCCGGCUUCACGCUGAGAGGUCAUUCGAAUUCUCAAGAAAUCAGAUGCAAGAUGCUGAAGAAGUGGCCUUGGAUUUGAUUAAACAAAUAUCGUGCCUACGGAAUAAGUUGGAGAAAUCUGCCAUGGUUGCCAAAGAUCAGACCGAUAUUUGCAUUGAUCAGAUCAAAGAAGCAUGCAAGAAAGCUUCGGGUGCCGAAGAACGAGCCAAAGCCUGUCUCAGCGAAAUGAACUACCAUCUAAGCAUUCACUGCAGAAUCCCAAGUGGACAGCGAUGAGCGUUACCGAUUAUGUUGAAGAACACGACAUUCGUCCGGUGUCAGAAUCGUCAAACAAGUAGUUUACUUUCUAGUUAGCUUUGAUGAUAAUCCCCAUUUCAUACCAGGCUAAACCUCUGCUUGUAUUAACUUUUUCACC